CCUUGCAAAUAUGCACAUCCAACGCGUCCGAGAUGCAAGCACUAAAAAAUUCCCUCUCCUCACCCGCCGGGCUUCCGUCUCGGGCAGACCGUGCACACGUUCAACGAGGUCCUCGACUCGGACCUGGAGAACGAGGCCCGCGAGGCGCCCCGAGUGGCCACCAUCCCGGGUCUCGAAAAUCGCCCGCUGGUGGUGUGCGACAUCUGGCGCUUCCUGGUGCUGACCCGGGCGCCGCAGCUCAAGGCCAUCAACCUGUGCCUGACCGAGGGCGAGUGCUUCGGCCUGCUGGGCAUGCACCGGUCCGGCAAGACGCUGCUCCUCGAGGUGCUCAGCGCGCUCGCCGUGCGCACCUCGGGCAACGCCUACAGCCAGAAGCACAUGCUGUCCGCAUCGCCCAGGAAGUGGCAGUCCCAGAUCGGCCACUGCCCGCAGUCGGGCGGCCUGCUGCUCAGUCUGGCCGUGGGCGACCAAUUGUCGCUGUUCGCGCGACUGCGCGGCGUUCCAUCGGCGCACCAGGAGAGCUGCAUCAACAGACUGCUCGCGGCCUGCAACCUGAACGACAAGAAUCUCCACUGUCCCAGGGACUUGGGCAUGUCGGACAAGCGCAAGCUUUCGCUCGCCAUCGCUCUGAUCGGGCCGCCCAACCUGGUCUUCCUGGACGAGCCGCUCAAGGGCGUCGACACCGGCACGCACCAGAGGCUCUUCGACAUGCUCAGGCACGUGCGCAGCAGGUCCAAGGCCACCACCGUCAUCUACGCAUCGGUCAGCAUGCAGCAGCUGGAGUGCACGUGCGACCGACUGGUCAUUAUGGUGGACGGGCAGCUGCAGUGCAUCGGCACCAUCGAGCACCUGCGCGACAAAUUCGGCAAGGGCAUGGUCAUCAAGAUCCAGCUGGCCCCCUCCGAGAAGGAUCGCAACAUCGAGGUGCAGCCCGUCAUGACAGCCCUCUUCCCCGACAGCCGCAUGCUAUAUACCACCACCAGGGGCGGCUGAGCUUCGAGAUCUGCGAGAAGCGACCCUGGAGCGAAGUUUUCUCGAGCGUGGACCUGCUCACCAAGGGCUUCCGCUGCGAGUACGUGCUCGUCUCGGAGGCCACGCUCGAGGAAGUGUACAUGUCCUUCGCCAA